AUCCAUCUCUCUGCGCACUCAUUUCUUCCCCCCUCUUAUCCGAAAGCCUUUGCAUUUCAUUAGAACCAAACAAUCUGGACUUCCCGAUCAUUUCCGUAAUGUUCUAGAAGCGAAUAAGCGUAACCCAGGCCGUAACAUUUUUAUUGCCAUUUUGUGUGUGGUAAUUACUUGUGGUAUAAGUAUAGUGAAUUUGAAACUGCCGAACAAACCAGCAUAAAAACUUAAUUUAUUCUUUGUUCUAGAUUCUCUUAUUUGCUGUAAGUAAUUUACUCAUGGUUUACCAGUGAGUUAACUGUGUUCACGUUAAAAUGUUCAACCUGGCAAUCUUUUAUGGGCUAAUCGGCUUGGGAUCUCUAUGUUUGGGGAUUUUUGCUUACGACCAAUUGUACGGCAGCCCAAUGAAACAUCCAGAAGAAGGGUUAGGAGUGGGAAGAUCCUGGAAGGACGCAGGUGAAAUCAGGGAAACCGAUGAUUCACUAGCUACGUUAAGUGAAAUACAGCAGGUCAUCGAUCUGCAACGAAGAAUCAUUCACGAUCAGAUGAUAGAUUACCAAUAUCCUAACGGAAGAUAUAAUAUAAGUGCAAACAAACUCGAAGACCUGGUGAUUGAGAGAAAUGGAAACCCGAUUAGAAGUGUCGUAGUAUCAACCUGGCGUAGUGGAAGUACAUUUUUUGGCAAUAUUUUUACGGCAAGUCCGGGGCUCUUUUACCACUUCGAACCACUUGUUGAUUUUGGCAUUAAUAAAAUUAGAGGCCCCCCGCUUGCCAGUCAAGCUUUGAAAAAUCUCAAGGCGCUAUUUAGUUGCGAUUAUUCAAACUUAGAUCGUUAUUUAGAACGUGUGAAAAAUCAACCUUACAUUUUUCGGACUAAUCCACCUCUUUGGGCUCAAUGCCAAGCUCACCCAAGCAUCUGCUACAAUCACAGAUUCCUGAGCGAAAUGUGUAAACUCUUCCCAUUUCAGUUGAUGAAGAUUCUCCGCCCGACGUUGCAUAUUGCACAAGAGCUUCUUGCCGAUGAAAAGUUGGGUGUGAGAUUGGUUUUUCUGACCAGGGAUCCCCGAGGAGUUUUUCAGUCAAGAAAACAUCGUUCGUUUUGUCAAGAAGGUUUAGAUUGUUCAGAUCCAAUUUUACUUUGUAAAGACAUGGUAUCAGAUUACAACACCGCGGUAGAACUGCAAAAGAAAUAUCCCUCCACAUUUAGGGUGUUACGAUACGAAGAUCUCUCUUUAGAGCCACAUAAAGAAGUGAAAAAACUUGUAGAAUUUUAUGGACUCGAUUUUCAUCCAAACAUUAAAAAGUAUAUAGAUACUCACACGAAAUAUGACUUCGGUGAUCCGUAUACUACAUUCAGAGAUUCAAAGAUCGCUCCCUUCCACUGGAGGACGGAAUUAGAAUUUGAAGAAGUCGAAGAGAUACAACGAAAUUGUUUCGUGCCAAUGAAACACUGGGGUUACGUGCCAGCAUUGAACAUUUCUCAUCAAAGAGAAUUCAAUCCCGUAACAAACUAUAUGCCACACUUGUAAGAUGGGUGGCGAAGGCUGUGACGACGUCAUAAUGUUAUUGCAAGUUAAUUGUACAGAUCGAAUGAGAGUUACAAAUUAAGAGAGUUACAAAAAAGAAAUGACAUGAUUCAUGUGAAAUGGCGACAGUAAGUUCGUAGAAAUCGUGCCGUUUCCUUAUCUUUCCAUUAAAUGGUUAUGUUUCAAAGUGGUUUUAUUCAGAAUUGCAUGUAGAAUGGAGCUGUUAUGUUCUUCUUGCGUUCAAGAUACGUGGACCUGGGUGGUCCGAGAUAUGUACGACAAUGUCGAAAUCGACUAGGACACUCUGUUGAGCAGAUUACUCGAGGUUAUCGGCACAGCAAUCAACUUGUAAAAAAAUUCAAAAAUUUUGUGAAUUCGAAACGAGCAGCUUGCCUUCGAAGAGCCCACACAUUUGUCUUUCGAAAAGUAGCAAUGAAUAUAACACGAAAAUGAAAGAAUGAUAAGCAAGAAUAUGAGGGGAACAAAAAUAAACAUCGCGAUAUUAUAACUGCAUGCGUCUUAUUGUGCAAAUUGAUAUAUGCAUAUCAUUCAAGUCAAGUAAAUUCAUAAUUUUUACUCAAUUAAAGUUUACCAAUGUAUAAAUCAGUCACCUCUUACUUCUGGAAUCAUAAGCCUUGAAACGUUUGCAUAAGAGAUAAACACUAAUUGAGAUAUCGCGCACGAGUAUUUACAAGUACCACGUUCGAGUAGUGGAAGAAAAUCGGAAUUAAAGAUCUCAUGAUUCAGAAUGCAGUAACAGUGAAACAGUGUUAUAAGGUCCUUAUGACGACGUUACGUUACCACAAACAGAUGUUUUACAACUAAUUUUUAACUUUUCACUCUUACAGUUGUUUUGGAAGAAAAAAAGAGAAGGCAAAGUUAUUACCAUCACCUCGAAAAUGAAAAGUUUCGUUUUCACCAGAACUCGACGUUUUGAGGCCUACAGAAUCAUUUCCGACAUUUUUCAAAUGCAUGUCCGUAUGAGUUGUGUGUAACCAAUUCUUUGUCCAACGACGUUUCGAGACCGAAUGAACGGAUUUGAAUGAUCUUAGUCUCAAUUGACGGAACUUUGCUGCGCUCAUAACUGAUUAGAAUUUAGGUCUAAUCAGUCCGGCAGUUUUCAAGCUAUUCGAAUAACAAAAUUAGACAAAAUAUAAAUUCAUAUUGAUACUCGCGUGUUCGAUUAUUAGAUGUAUUUUACAAUAAUUGCACACGUCUCUUAAUUUUUAAUAUCUUACAUGCUUGUGACGCGAACGAUCUGUUUUUAAGUAUGUGCAUCAUACCAGAUUUAACACAGACCCUUGUAAUAAGCAAUAGCUCGAGACAGCAAUCGAACGAUAAAAAAUACACCAAAUGGCCUAAAUACAGGUAUAUUUAUAAUAUAUUUAUAGCAUUCUAUAGCUGAUUUACAAUUUAUGCAGUGAUAUUGCAACGUAAUUUUUCAAUCCAGUUUAUGGUACUAAAAAAUUAAUUUUCCAUUAAAAAGGUGGACAUACUGUUUGCCAAUCGUACAUCGAUGCAAAAAAUGUCAUGGUGGUAGUGGCUAAAUGUUUUAUAAGGUCGUGUUAUACGAGCACAAUAUUUGAAUCGUUAUUGCACACCCGUAAAAACGGUGGAUAUCCGCUAGUUAAGUUUCCUUUGCCUUGACUGUCACGUAAAUAAAACCGUUAGUCACUGCCGUAUGCUACAAUAAUUAUUCUGUCAGUUAAAGGGUAAGAUAAGUUAUACAAGUACAUGGCCAUAAUAUUGAAUAACGAAACGAGCACUAUCUCUCGAACGGUAUGCUCAACAAUUUAAUUGAUACAUCACCAAGAUGUUAAUUGUACAAGAUUUUAGACGACAUUUACCAUUUGUACUUGUAUUCGGAUUGUAGAGACAGUUGGAUUGUUAAUUUACAGACAAGUAGAGUUUGUGGAAAACCCUGAAAUUAUGUGCUCUGUAACUUCUCACUUUUCAGAUAUUGAUUCGUAAAUUAUUGCUCAUUUAUUCUUAUUUAUCUCACGUAAUUCGUAAACAAAUGUGCUUCAAUUUUAUUCAACCUUACAAUCACGAAAUCAAUUCUCUACCAGGGGAUUCAGCUGUCAAUUUUAUUAUCCUCGUACGAUUGCAAAACAGCGCCAAUUUUGCGAUAGGAGGAACGAAGUGCGAAAUACUUCGUCGUUGCAAUCAAUUGCGUACACACUGCUUCACUGCACGGUCUUCUCUAGUUUCAUUUUGUCAUACGUGAUUUUUUCAUUGUUCAUCAGUUUGAAUUCUCGACUGGUGUUUCUAAGUUUCUUUCACGUUGGACUAGUCAGAGGGAAACUUUAAAUGAUAAUGGGCCAUUUCUUAUUCCACCUGCGAAGCGGUAAGUGGGUAUAGGUAUAAGCCGAACGGUUGCAUUUUGAAAGAUCAUCGAACUGAUCGAUCCACCUUAAUAACCUGGCAAUCGAACACGAGUUUCAAGUAAAUUUCAUCAUUACCAUCUAUACUUUGGAAUAUUUAUACUCAAUGAUAAAUAACCAUAACAAAAACUACGUGUGAAAAUAAUUUUCACGGGGAAUUUAUUUCAAUCAUUUACAAGCCUGCCCUCGAUCGCUGAUUGUCCCUUCAACGAAAUAAAUGAUCAUGAUUUUUU